UCAGCUGGAGGCGGCAUCCGCGGCGGCAGCGGCUGCUGCUGGCAGUGGCGGUGUUAGAGCCUCCUCAGCCGCUACGGCUCCUUCGUCCCUGCUGCCCAUCUCCUCCGCCGCGCUUGAAAGUGCCAGCUCGGUGUCUGGGCGGCUUCCCGUCAGUACAGCUGCGCUCGAGGCGGUUGGGGCGGCAACGGUGCCCUCGUUCGUUCCACAGGCUCCGGCCUCAGCCAUGCCAUCGACUCCACCACCGCAUUACCCCCACCAGCAACAGCAACAACCUGGCUACCAGAACGGCAACACGGGAAGGCAAGGAGCCAGUCAGGACCAGCAACAACAGCAGCCGCAAUGGCAUCAAGACGCAGCCGCGCAGCCGCUCUCCAUGUCGGUCCCGCCGCCAACCCUACCCUCAUCACCCCUCCCCACCACCGCCUUCCAUCAAUCCGUCCCCACCACCCAGCCCACCACCGCAGCGCACAUAACACCGGCAGCCACAGCCUACGUCAUGCCAGUCAUGCCCAUGCAAGCCGCGGGUCCGCCGCCACCAUUUCACGCCGGCGACCUCGCUGCGGGAUACGGUGCCUUAUACGGCACUCCAUCAUCCCUGCCCCCGACGCCACGAAGCGACUCCUUCCAGCCUGCCCCUCGAGAAGCCUCCAUCAGCGGAGCACCUGCUACGACUGCCUCCGCCGCCACCUCCGGGUCGCUGCUUCGCGCUCCCUCCCUGGACACCUCUGUAGCCGCC